AUGGCGCAGGCUGCGGCGAAUCACCUCGUCGAACAGAUCGCCCAGCUCAAUGCUGCGCGAAACCUUGUCCUCGGCGAUGCCGCUUUCUACCCACAGAUCGUGAACGGAAUCAUACCUAUCAUCGGUGCGCACGCGCGAUUGGAACUGCGACGAUGGGGAUCGGAGUUUUUGGCAGAGACAUUCGCCAGUCCUGCGUUGGCGGCGACCCAGAAGGAACAAUUGGCACCAGUUGUGUUGCAGACAGCACGAGAGAUCCUAGAUCUGCCCGAGGGAGACACAAUGGUCAUGAAGCAUAUAGUGCAAAUCGCAGCUAGCUUGUAUCCGCUGGCUUUUAGGCACAUAAUCAAUCAUCCGCAAGACAGUGCAUUAUGGGAGAAUAUGACAGCCAUCAAACAGGACAUCUUGCGCCGAUGGGACACCUCCCCUUAUCCAGUCAAGAUGUGCUGCAUCAAGUUUGUGCAGCGAGUCGUCCAGGUCCAGACACAUGGCCCCAUAGCAGACCCUAGGCGUCCCGAGCAAAACGAAACUUCCCUGGCCAUUGUUCCUAAGAAUCAUCCCGUCUUAACUCUUCCCCAUUUGGAAGCGGAAGCCUCUGGCCUGCUCGAUAGGCUGUUGUCUGUCUUCCAAGAAGACGCAAGCGAUCCAAUCCUUGUUAAUGCAACGCUGAACUGUCUGGCGGUGCUAAUCCGAAGUCGCCCAUCCAUUGGAAACAAGAUUAUCAACACUAUCCUCAAUUUCUACCCUGCGAAGCAAGUGCGCCCCCCGAUGACACCCACCACCCGAGUCAGCGUUAAAUCGAUGGAACGCACAGCCCGUGCGCUUUUCAUAAAUGUCAUGAAGAGAAACCCCAAUCAUCCACUCGCGGGUAGAAUGCAGCAGCACAUCGAGCGACUCAUGCAGUCCCGUUUGGAAAUCGUCGAUGACGCUUCACGGAAACGUGGACUUCCCGCCGAGCCGACAGAUGGCCUUGACAAUGCCAAACGUGUCAGACUUGAUGCUCAGACACCCCCAGUCCUCAAAGUGCCCCCACUACCUGCUGGCCCCAUCAGUUGGGCGCAACUGUACACAUUGACCGAGGACUCGGGGCUCUCCUCAUUUGAUGUGAAUCAACUACCCGCCGAUCUCCUUGUUAAGAUCGCGGUCCCUGUUCUAGCCAGGGUCGACCAGUUUGCAUUGACUCAAGCUGUGGAAGCUAUCAGAACACGAUACAAGACUCUUUGUCAACAGCAGGCCGCGAGGCCUCCAGUGGCAGUGGCCGAGGAGGAAGACGAUGACUAUGAACCGGAAUAUCAGCCUAUGGAUGCGUCUGCUGCAGCUGCCGAACAGCCAGAGACAAUAUCUGCUGAAGUGGCAGAUUUGCAACCGGACCUAGUUUCUCUUGGCCCAUUCGUAUUACCACAGCCUCCACCUCUGACCGAAGAUGAGGCGAAAGAAAUUGGCCGCAGCGCAGUAGGAAGGGUUUUUGAAAUGGUGACUGCAACUGCGAUGGCCCCGAAUCCGGCGAAAGGGAAAGGCCAGCAGCACCUGGGCUUUUCCAGGUUGGCCGGCAGCACUUUUGAUCGGGAUGCUUGGGUGACCUUACUCGCCCGACUCGCCACAAGAGCUCCUGCCGGGUUGGAAGUUGACGACAAGAAGUCCGAGCAAAACGUACCGGCGAGAAGAAACCCGACGAUAUCCAACUUCAUCCGAGAAUCAUUAUACCGGCACAUCCUCGAGGACUUUAGAGCGCGGGUUAAUGUGGGAAUCAUGUGGUUGAACGAAGAAUGGUACAAUGACCGAGUUCAGAUGAAGUAUGCCGCCUCUCAGAGGACCGAGGAGGAUGAGGAGGUCUCUGUGCUGCUGCACUACGAUACUUGGGUCUUGCGACUUCUUGAUGGUUUUCUACCAUACUUGGACUCGCGAGAUACUAAGAUCUUCAUUCGAUUCCUAAGCGAGAUUCCAGAGGUGACGAUUCCAAUCACGAAGAGAGUGGCUAGUCUUGCAAAAGACCCUGAACGAGUCAAUCUUUGUGUUCAAUCCCUACUGUAUCUCAUCAUGUUUCGCCCUCCCGCACGAGAGAUUUGUCUGAACGCCUUGGAGGAUGUCUACAAUACUUACGAGGAAUCGAGACCAGCUGCGGGUAAAGUCUUGGCCAGAUGGCGGCCGCAAUCUAUAGAACAACAGCAGCCACAACAACCGCCACAACCGGAGCAGAAAACUCUACCGAGCCGUAUAGCGGCGGCAGAGGGCGAUGCAUCCCUGACAAAUGGCGGUGGGCAAGAGCAAGCUCCUGCAGCCUCUUCAACACCGGAAUAA